UGUUGUCCCGGGCAGACUGAGUUUAGAACAGCGAUGGCAGGACGGACCGCGGGGGCAGACACCAACACGGACUAGCCCGUCUGCGGUCUAUUACAGCUGGUUUCGGCCCGGUGCGGAGCUGCCCGGUGCGGGCUUGGUUCUGCGGAGCAGCGUGGUAGUUCCCCUCGUCCCGCGGACAGCGCGGCGGUCCGGACCUUAGCCCGCCGCGGCUAGCCUUAGCCCGGCCAGCCUAGCCCCGCUAGCACGGCCAGGACCAGGACCGGGACUGGGACGGGGCUGGAGUCUCCAGGAAUGUCUCCUCCCGGGACUACCUGCACUUACGGCUGAGACGAGACUGAGUUCGAGCCGGACGACCAGAGCCAUGGCGGGGCUGAGCAGCUCCGGCCGCGGGUCCCGGGGCUGGGGGGAGACCCGGGGCUGGGGGGGUCUGCGGGGCUGGGUGAUCCUGCUGCUGCUGCUGGGGGGAGCCGGCUGCAGCCCCAGCAGCCCCGGCCCCGGCAGCCCCGCGGCCAGCACCGACGACAACAACCCGUUCAUCAACAUCUACAUGAGCGUGGAGGAGGUGAAGAAGCUGCUGGGGCUAGAUGCAGAGCUCUACUACGUCCGAGACGACGUGGUGAAUCAUUACGCCCUCUCCUUCAACAUGCCGGUGCCCACGGAGACCAACAGCCUUUACUUCACCUGGUACUCCAAGUCAAAAGUUGACUACCGCAUCGCGUUCCUUGUGGAGAACGCCGCUGUCCUCAACCAACCAUGGAGCAACAUCUCCAACCAAGGGGAGGUGCCCCGAGUCCCCUCUGUCUUUCGAGUGGACAUCAUCUGUUCAGGCAAAGUAGACGAAGAGGCAUUUCUAACGAUGCAGCUCAAUCUGACCAGCCACACCAACAACUACACAGUGCUCAACUUCAAGAGGAGGAAAAUGUGUUAUAAAAGGCUUGAUUCUGGUGCCAAGAUUCCCGUUCCCUUCAACAACAACACAGUUCCGGACAUUAACGGCGUGCCGACUCCCACCACCUCCACCCAGGUGUUCUACAUCAGUGUGAGCGUCUGCUGCAUCGUCAUCUUUCUUGUGGCCAUCAUCCUGGCUAUCCUCCACCUGCACAGCAUGAAGAGGGUGGAGAUGGAGGACAGUGUGAGUGACAGCGGGAGCUCGCAGGGCCUGUCUCAACCAUCCACGCAGACCACACAGUACUUGAGGGCCGACACGCCAAACAAUGCAGCUCCUGUCACCAACCCUGGCUCUGCACCCAUACUCCAGCUUGCUGCCUCCUCCUUCCAAAACCCUGGCGCUCCCACUCAUGAAACAAAAAGUUACCCGUCUCUGCGUAUAGAGAAGAAUGACCUGAAGAGUGUCACGUUAAUGGAGGCCAAAGCUAAAGUGAAAGACAUAGCCAUCUCCAGGGAGAGAGUCACGCUGCGGGACGUCUUACAUGAAGGCACAUUUGGCCGCAUCUUCCACGGAGUGCUGCUGGAUGAAAAGGAUCCGAGUAAGGAGAAGCAAGUCUUUGUGAAAACAGUGAAAGAUCAUGCCUCCGAGGUGCAGGUGACCAUGAUGCUGACUGAAAGCUGCAAACUGAGGGGACUUCAUCACAGAAAUCUGCUGCCCAUCAGCCACGUGUGUGUAGAGGACGGGGAGAAGCCCAUGGUGCUGCUGCCCUUCAUGGCCUGGGGGAAUCUCAAGCUCUUCCUGCGGCAGUGCAAGCUGGCCGAGGCCAACAACCCCCAGGCAAUCUCUCAACAAGACCUGGUUUACAUGGCCAUUCAGAUCGCGUGUGGCAUGAGCUACCUGGCUCGCCGGGAGGUCAUCCACAAAGACCUGGCUGCUAGGAACUGCGUCAUUGACGACAACAUGCAGGUGAAGAUCACAGACAAUGCCCUUUCUCGAGAUCUAUUUCCUAUGGAUUACCACUGCCUGGGGGAUAACGAGAACCGCCCUGUCCGUUGGAUGGCCCUGGAAAGCCUGCUCAACAACGACUUUUCCAGCGCGAGCGAUGUGUGGGCUUUCGGAGUGACGCUAUGGGAACUGAUGACUUUGGGUCAGACUCCCUACGUCGACAUCGACCCGUUUGAGAUGUCUGCUUACCUGAAAGACGGCUACAGAAUAGCACAACCUAUCAACUGUCCAGAUGAGCUGUUUGCGGUGAUGGCGUGUUGCUGGGCCCUGGACCCCGAGGAGAGGCCCAAGUUUCAGCAGCUUGUUCAGUGUCUCACGGAGUUCCACGCAGCGCUGGGGGCCUACGUGUAAACGCUGCAGUUUCUGGUGGACAGUACAACGCCACUCACAUGGAACACAUGUACGAUAUUGUGCCUUAUCAGAUGCAAGCGCAGACGGAGGAUUUUGUGUUGUACAGGUCUUUUUUGGUGUUUUUAUAGUUGAAUUACCUUUCUAAGGCAUAGUAAAGAAGUAAAAAGCUUUCUUGUUGUAUAUUGCAUCAUUUGCUUGAAAGCAUCGGUUGCUCGGCCCCAGUGGACGGACGCAGCGGGAAGAUGUUCUCCUCCAGGCAUCUCAUCCACUUUUAUGGACAUUUAUACGCCAUUGAACAGUUUUUUUGUUUUUUUUUUAUGAAUAACAAUUUAAGCUUUUAAAACUGACAGUAUUUCCUACAAGUUUUGUAAUGUAGUGAAACGGUGUACAUUGUAGGUUUGUGUUGGAUCGUAGAUGACUGACUGCAACAGAACAACGUGUACCAAAGUAGACCCAAAGGCUUCAUUUGUACAGUAUUGGACUCCAGACGUGUUGCUCUGCUCUGCUGCGGCGAGCUCCAGCCCGGUACAAGAGGAAGCUCGGAAACUUAAUGUAUUCAUGUUUUUGGUUGUGUUUUUUCCUGAGACUUCAGCAAAUGGUACAGCGCCUCCUCUGGACGGAUUUCCUUUUUUAUUAAACUAAUAAUGGCACAGACACCUGCAGAGGCAUCCUGGCUGCUUUUGUCUUCCCGUGCAGUCGGGAUGAAGCCAAAAUGUCAAACAUCCAUAUAACAAAUUAAGAUGUUUUUACUGUUUUGAACACUAAAAUAUAUCAUCAUUUGAACUCCACCACCUUCAUGUUUUGUACGUGUAAUUUCUACUCACUACUUCCCCAUAGUUUUUAUAAUUAGCUUGAUUGUUCUGUGUCAGAACAUGAACAUCCUUCACGAGACUUUUCAACUGUUUUUAUAACUAUUUACACUAUUAAUCACUGUGAAAACACACAACUGACUACCAUUUUUGGUCUAAUCAUAUUCUUACACCUGUAACAUCUUUGAUGUGUUUCUAUGGUCACUGCAUGUUGAAAUAAGGUUGUAAACUGUUUUCUGAAUUCAUAUCUACAAAUUAAAUGGGAUAUUUUAAA